AUGCCUCCAGGAGAAGGAAGCCGGUUCGUUGGAAUCGCUGAAGACUAUCUUCGUCGUAAGAUGACCAAAAUGGAGGAACGCAUGCAUUCGCUAGAGGAUGCACUAGCCAUCAUUCAAACCAAUUCUUCAAAUCAGCCUCACCCUCUUCUAAUCAAUGUGCCAUCUCCAGACGAUACCGAGACUGAGACUGAGGAGCAAUCAAAAACCAUAAACGAGUUCAAUAGAUAUGGCCUAAUCGACGCUUUGGGUUCCUUGCAUCUUGAUAGCGAGGAGCACAGUGGAGCUGUUCGCAGUGCUGUCCGUUUUUUUGGGCCAUCAGGUGGUUCGGAGCGACUGGGCGUCUGUUUUAAAGAGUUUAUUAUUGCCAUAUAUUUCCCUAAGAGGGCAAAAGAAAUCGUCACGGAGGCUUCGACACCACCAAGUUUUCCUCAAGAUUUCGACGCCUCCUAUCUUCCAGACGAAAUCAAUGUAUUCUAUAAAUCCUUCCCAUUGACACCUUCUGGCAUCCCAAUAGCUCCUGUGCAAUCAAUGAUAGAGUCAUUUCUACCAGAGAUAGGAAGAGCGACUCUGCUAUGCGAGACUUUCACCGAGCACUUAACCUGGAUGUUCCACAUAGUAUCGCGUCGACAUAUCAUCAUUGAACUCAUCCCCGCUGUAUACAAACACCUGAGGAACCCUUCCCAGUCGCGGGAAUAUGGACCACACGAUCUGGCACUCUUAUUCAUUGUCCUUGCCAUUGGUGCUCUUGUCGAUUUCACUCUUCCUCCAUACAAUGCCGAGGGUCAACUUUAUUACAGGCUUGCACGGUCAGCACUUUGUUUGCAGCCAGUACUGACCAAUAGAUCAAUCGUUACGGUGAAAGCGUUGCAUCUCAUGAGCAUAUACAAUGGCAUGAGCGGCUUGGAGAGUAACUUGGAGAAUUCCUACUCUCUUCUCAAUUUUGCGGGCCAGAUAGCACUUCAGAUUGGGUCUCACAAGGAUCCCUCGUUGUGGGGCUUUGAGGGUAGAGAGGCUUACGAUCGACGGGUGUCGUUCUGGAAUCUGUUUGCAGGCACCCUCUGGCAGAGUCUAGUUACCGGCCGCCCCCCAGUUAUCAUGCCAGAUUUUAUCCACUGCCAAUACCCAACAGAAAUCGAUGAAAUCACUUUUCAAGAAGGGGAAGUUCCUUUGGGCUUUGGCGCAUGGAGCUUCAGGUACACCGUGGAAUGCUUGGCGCCAGUCGUGCAAGUCACUCAAGCGGUGAAACCUCCGAGUUAUCAGUCUAUCCUGGAACUCGACCGGAAAAUUCGCGAAUUUGAUGUCCCAAGAUCACAAAACACGGCGCAUCUCGAGCAGACGUCCAAAGAGAUGCAAGCUUGGGUGCGAUCUCACUAUCGGGAGCUCACUCUGCUUUUUCUUCACAGAGGAUUUUUCGCGCAAGCUAUGACCGACUACCCUUCUGACCCGAUGAGAAGCCCUCUAGGCCAGUCCUUUCUUGCCGCAUAUCAAAGUGCAUGCGUAGUCCUGGAUUCUACAAGAGUUCAGUACUCACUUCAGCCUAUCCUCUGUGCUCGUGUUUGGCGAAUAUGGUCUUAUGCAUUUUCUGCCGCAGUCAUAAUCGGCACCGUAGCUAUGCGUAGAUUAGGCUUGAAACUUGAUCCUCCGCCAUUCGAAAAACUGGAACAAGCAUGCUCGUUGUUCAAAGCUGCAGCUGAAACAAGUAGUCGCGCGAAGAAGGCGCUGCCCAUCCUGCUUAGGCUACGCCAAAAAGCACUGCUGUCGAGUCAAGACGUGGUCAUGCAUCCUGCAUCAUUCACCGCAGGACAAAGUCACACUGCUGACCGUGAUGAGGGUGACGAUGAACUAGCCAUCUUUGGUGGACGGACGAUGUUGGUCACUCCUAAACCUUCAACAGAUUAUAUACCCUUCAGCCCGACAGAAGUUUCAGUUGACUACUCUACUGGCCCAAUGACCGAAAUACCCAUACAAGGGCAAUCAUCUCAGAGACUUCAACAGUCUUCUGGAUGCAUCCCUGGACCCUCGUCGUCUUAUCACGGACAUCCUACAAGUGAACGUGUAGUGGGCUUGCCACUUGAAUGGGAAAACCUCUACCGUGAAAUUCCUGGGCCUUCCUAUUCUUAUGACACCGGUGCCGUAUACACCCCUCAAAUCAUCCCUGGUAUCGAUCAUCGACAGAGAGACCUCCUGGUUGAUGUAUCGGAGAAUGGUGAUGAUCUGGUAGUUCAGUAGUUUGUCGACGUAUAAAUAGGCUCGUCUUGAAUGAUAGACUAUGGUGUGAUCGCCUCUAA